AUGACAGUCAUUGGUUACAAUUUAGUGAGACAAUCAAACAGUCAUCACAAAGAUUCUUAUUCUCCACAAACAGAUGAACUUUCUUACAAUAUUAUAGGUAACAAUGCGCGCUUUGUGUUGUUAGUGUUGAUAAUGGAUAAUAAUCAAGUAGUAGUAAAAGAGGAGGGUAAGGUCAAGGUGCGAUUUGUUACCAACGAUCCAAAUAUCAGAGUCACAGAGAUUGCGUUUGGUGUGCCAGAGCGUAUCGGUCGUCUCGGACUCUCAGAGUUGGUGAAUCACUUGCGCUCCGAAGAAGACACCACCCAGCACAAACCAUUCGAUUUCCUCAUCAACGGACAAUUCAUUAGAACGACACUCGACAAGCACAUCAAGAAAGCCGGUCUCAAGGAAGAGGACACCAUCACCAUCGAGUACGUCGAAGCCGUCACCGAACCAAAGCGUGAACAGGAGAAUCAACACGACGACUGGAUUGCAAGUGUCGACGGUGGUUCACUCGUGGGUCUGGCGCUGACCGGUGGCUACGAUUUCGGUGCGAGAAUCGUCGAUUGCUCCGCCAACACACUGAUCACAGCGGUCGGUCAUCAAGCAGCGAUUAAAUCGGUCGCCUGGACAAAGGCAGCCAAGCGUAGUCACUUGGCAUUCCUCACAGCGUCACUCGACCAGACCAUCCGAUACUGGCAUGCCGACGCCGACGCCAAGACCGUCCAGCCAAUGUGCAUAUUCAAAGCACACCAAGGAUCGGUCGAAUCGGUCGCUUCCAACCCAGACGGAACCAGAUUCGCAUCCGGUGGAUACGACAACAAACUCAGACUCUGGGAUCUACAGAACCUUCCACAACCACAGCCACAACAACAACCAAACAAAAAGAGCAGAAAGAAUGGAGCAAUAGCAUCAUCAACCAAUAUUUUAGAACCAUCUAUCAUUACAGAAAGUUUAAGUACAUUGGAAAAACAUUCACAACCAAUUACAACUAUUGAUUGGCCAACACAGUUCCAAUUGAUUUCGGGUGGUAUGGAUAAGAGUAUUAGAUUGUGGGAUUUGGAGACGAUGUCGGAUACACAGACGAUGAUGGCAUCGACAGCACUUCAUGUUGUUUCAUAUUCUAUCGACUCUGGACUGAUAGCGUCGGGUCAUGCCGAUCACACCAUUCGUUUGUGGGAUCCACGUAUUCGCGACGGUAAAUUCAACAUUGGAUCGCUUUUAUCACACAAGAAUUGGGUUACUUCCAUCAGCUGGAAGCCAGGCUCAUCCACACAACUUCUCUCGGCUUCGCACGACGGCACCGUCAAACUCUGGGACACCCGUUCCAAGGUACCAUUGUUCACCAUUGAAAAACACACCGAUAAAGUACUCUCUUGCGAUUGGCUCAGCAACCCAACCGAUUCAUCGAACCCAUACAUUAUCUCUGGUGGUGCUGAUACAAAACUAAAGAUUUAUAAUAAUUAA